UCCUGCUGGUACUAACCACCGUGCUAUCUUCCAGAUCCACCAGAGGGCCCUACCUGCCUGCCUGGCUGCUCUCUGUGCUCUCUAUGCAUACACUUUAUUCACAAACUUUAACCGGAUCUGCAGUACGUAGCUGUGGCUGAAUUAUAGGUAUCACUUCAGUUUGACACAACUGAUUGAUCAGAAGAGGAGGAAGUAUCUGCCCAUGAUUUCACUAACAGACUGUAGACUGAUGCAGAGGACAAAACAUCGGGUUUCCCUCUGAAGAAUGGAAGUUUUCAAUAUUAACAACUUAUUUCCGUACCAAAGCCCAGCCGUGUACGUGAUGACAUGCGUAAUCAUCACUAUUGGCCUUCCUUUGACCCUUGUGGCUAUCUAUGCAGUAUAUUCUCUGGUGAAAAAUGAUCACGUUGCUCCGAUCUACGUCAUCAACCUUCUCAUUUCCGAUGUCAUUCAGCUCUGCUGCAUGACUGUUGAUGUGGUUCCUCUUAAGGACAGGAGGAUAUAUUAUAUCGGCUUCUAUAUGUACUACUUUGCUAUGAUUGCCAGUGUUGGCUUCAUGGUGUGCAUCGCCCUGGAAAGGUAUUUGGUCAUUGCCUGCCCACUGUGGUACCGCUUCCGACGAACCAUCAAGAUCUCCGUGGUGGUCUGCGUGGUGGUCUGGGUCCUUACUCUUGUCUAUCUCCUCACAUUCAAUUAUGUGAAACAUACAGAGAUUGUGUCUGCUCUUUUCUUCCUCCUUCCUCUCCCUCUGUUCAUCUUCUUCCUGGGUGGGACCAUCAGAGCUCUGUCUGCCAGUCGUGUCCCCUCUGAUGAAAAACGAAGAAUUGUUGCAAUUUUGGUCCUGGUGCUGCUUAUUUACAUGCUGCUGUUCAUGCCCAGCGUCAUUUGGUAUGCCACUUACUACCAAACCCUCAGCACACUGUCUUUAACAUUUCUUAGAUUAAGUCCCCUUGCAGACUUACUUCUGUAUGUUUUCAUGAGGAAAGGGACCAUAGACAAGUUUCUGGCCUCUGUGUGUUGCUGCAGAAUGGACAGCAAUGACAGCAGCAGAGUGGACAGCAAUGAUAUCACCAGUUCAGUGGUGUGAAUGAUAACAACAUUUACACAGUCAGCUUCAUGUAGUCAGAGAAGGGAGAGAAAAUAGAAGAAAGGAUAGAGAUGAGACAAUAAGAAGCCUAACUCUAGAUAAAAGGAAGCUGUGGGAGCACUGGCUGCUGGGAAAUGUUUUGGUGAACUCCAACAAAUUAACAUAUGUCAUUGUGAUCCUUUAUAAUAACAGAAGCAGAACAGAUAUUGUCUAACUGAGCUCUUUGUAGUCGCCACAUUGUCUUAUUCCUUUAUUUUAA